UGUAUUCUUCAUGUAUUGCCAUUUUUUGAGAACUGCAAAAACCAUAUCUAUUGUUAGAUUCAGAUUGGGCAGACUAACAGGGGUACAAUUAUUUAUAAAAUCAUAAAUAAAUAAAGUUUAAAUGUCUUUGGAAAGUACAUGCAUCUAUGAAAAGGAAGCUAAGAAAAAAAAAAAUCAAGCGAAUGUAAACAGUAGCCUGUGGACGCUGCCAGCGUCAUGCAGAAAGCAGAAGUGUGAAAACAAGGGGAAGCUCACCUGGCAGGUAAAUCAAGAGAGAGAGAGAGUCUACAGUAAUACAGUCCGUCUGAGAGCCAGCUUCACUGUGACGGGAGAGCAUGUGCGAACAGAAGGAUCUGGUGUUCGAGAGCUUUUUGAAGAAAAGGAAAGACCGAAUGAAAUUGACAUGGGCAACCUACUGGUUCAGGCUUCAAAAAACCACCUUGUUGUUUUACACAAAGAAGAAACUUGAUGCCUCUCACCUGAGAGGGCAGUACUACAUACACACGGUGCAGUCGGUGCGUGAAGUGAAGGCUGACGGCCAGCACCUGUUUGAAAUCACAAUGAAAAACGGGAAGAAGAAACUGCUGUCUGCAGAGACGGAGGAGCUCCGGGCACUGUGGAUGAAGUUCCUAUGGAAAGCCAUGCAGCUUCCAGGACCCGGGAGAACACAGUCUGCCUGCACAUGGCAUGACAUUCCUCAUCUGAAGCAGGAAGCUGCUCAGAGCACGCAGAGCAGUUCUGAUGAAGACAGGCUGAGCUCUGCCUCCUGCUCCUUGGACACUCCAGAGCCCCUCGCCCCCUCAGGGAGCUCACCUGCCACAGCUGAAGAGGGUCGCCUGUCCACAGAGCUGGAACAAUUGGAUUUUUAUGAUGUUCCGCUGUCCAAUAAGGCUGUCGAUGAUGAAGACAGGAGCACAGCAAACAGAAUGGACACUGAAAGCAUCUACAAUGUUCCAAAGAGUCUGUUAGUUCCCUCCACUGAAGAAGGCAGCAGCACCAAUACCCCACACAGUGAAGCUCAGACUAAUGAACCACCCUAUGAUGACGAUGGCAUCUAUGACAUACCCACAUCACUUUCAAUUGAUUUAACAUCAGACCAGCCCUUUACAGGUACUCAGUCAGCUGUUGAAGGCAUGCAGCUGUUGGAUGAGAUUAAGUCAAGUUUAACCCUCUCCAGUGCUGGCUGGUUACAUGAAUAGCUGUGAAAGCUGACGAGUGAGAUCACAUGAUCAUUCAGCAAGCCUGGUGUUCUGUCACAAAACACAAGCAGUGUGGCAACAACUAAAAUGAAUGAAGACUGAAUCAAAUGCAGAUGUGCCACGUGCUUCACAUUGCAUAUGCUGUGUAUGCUUUCAUAUACCAAAUAAUAAAAAAACAAAGG